GAACCAAACUUAACAAACCUAAGCUCAAAAGGGAAGAAAUCACAUAAAACAAGGAAAGUUAAAAAAUGGUGAAGAAGGAAGCAAAGGACAGGCUAUGCCGUCUUUUGAUGUCUGAUUCCAACCCUGACCCUUUACUAGAACCAAAGGGCACCAAGGUCUGAACAAGUUUGUGUUCUACACUUUUAAUAGCAAAUCUCGAGCCACAAAUCUUUGGAGGAUGAAGAUUAUCUUCAGUACCCAUGGCUCUCUGGAGUUCAUGAUGACACUGAAAAGACUUUCAUUUUCUAAGCUUGAGCCACCAAAUUGAGGUGUUAGCUUCCCUUAUUGAAGGGUUUCAACUCAAUUUGCAUACUUACUACUGAGUCAUAUUUGCUGAUGUACUGUUACUGAGCCACUUUGGUACAGCUCUAUUAGUUUAUAAACUUACUACCACAUUCCAGCAUAUAUUAUAUUCCUUACCCAAUACUUUCUAUUCGUAUUUCUAGAAUUUUUUAUAUUGAGCCCCUAUGGUGGUUAUGGUACACUUGUCCCAUGCCAAUGGGUUGAAAGAAUUAUUGAUAAUAUAUUAGUUUUGGGUCAUAAAGGACCACCUUAAAUUGGCUUAACAAAGUUAUUCAGCACUCAAUGCAUUUCAAAAUAAGGGCCAAACUGGAACUAUCUUCCUAUAUUUGUAUGAACCAGGGCUCCGUACGAUUAAUUGCCCCUUACCCUUUCAGGGAUUGGGUUAAUGAUUAUCAUUAAGAUUUGUCAUAGUGAAUGGAAACAGUUGCUCAAUUAUACUAUACUAAUUAGGGGUAAGUCUAAGUACAGUUGCGUACCCUUAGACCUACAAUAUAGCAGGACAUACUAGUUGGGAGUUGUUAUAGUCUUAGUACUAGUAAAAUUUCCAAUAGUGCAGCAGUUAGUAUUUUAUACAACCUUUGGCAGUUAGGGUUUUUGAAAUGUGGGUUUCUAACUCUUUGUGCCUGUUGGUUUGUCUGAUUUGUCAUCUUUCCUAAUUUUGAGGGUAAGUUGAGGGUGCUGAACUGCAUGGCCAUUCACCCUUCUUAUUCAAUGCUGUCGUCUUCAUAUUCGUGCUGCAGCUUCACUUUUCUCCCUUUAUAUCUUCGAUCACCCUUUUUCAUUUUGAAAUCAUUUUUCAGUUGUUGGGGGCUCUCGACACAUUACAUUUUUUUGGUGAAGGAGAUAUUUUUGCAUAAGGAUUCUAUAGUUUUGUUUGCUUGACUCCAGUUCCCUGUAAUCUUUUCCUGGAAAAGAUGGCUGCAAAUGAUGUACCUUGCUGUGAACCCAUGUUUUGGGUUUAUCUGAUCAUAUGUGUGGCUCUUGUGUGCUUUGCUGGUCUUAUGUCAGGUCUUACCCUAGGGCUCAUGUCUCUCAGCUUAGUUGAUCUCGAGGUUCUUGUAAAGUCCGGCCAGCCCAAGGACAGGAAAAAUGCAGGGAAGAUUUUGCCUCUUGUUAAAAACCAACACUUGCUACUAUGCACCCUCCUCAUAUAUAAUGCCAUGGCCAUGGAGGCUUUGCCAAUUUUUGUUGACGCGCUUCUCCCAGCAUGGGCUUCCAUAUUGAUAUCAGUCACUCUUAUACUUGCAUUUGGUGAGAUAAUCCCGCAAGCUGUGUGCUCUCAGUAUGGACUAAGUGUAGGCGCAAAACUUUCUGUUUUGGUCCGUCUACUUGUCAUUCUUCUAUUGCCCAUUUCCUACCCUAUCAGCAAGCUGUUGGACUGGUUGCUUGGAAAAGGACAUGCUGUUUUGCUAAGACGCUCGGAGCUGAAAACUUUUGUGGACCUACAUGCUAAUGAGGCAGGCAAAGGUGGUGAGUUGACCCAUGAUGAAACUACCAUCAUUGGAGGGGCUCUGGAUUUAACAACAAAGACUGCUAAAGAUGCUAUGACUCCCAUGUCUAAAGUAUUUUCGCUUGAUAUAGAUGCUAAACUUGACAAGGACACAAUGGAACUGAUAAUGAGGAAGGGACAUAGUCGAGUACCUGUCUUCUCUGGCAGUUCAACAAAUAUCAUUGGCCUUAUAUUGGUUAAAAAUUUGAUUAUUUGCCACCCUGAAGAUGAAACUGUAAUAAGAAAUCUUACUAUUAGAAAAAUCUCCAGAUUUUAUGAUCACUUGCCACUCUAUGAUGUUCUGAAUCAAUUUCAAAAGGGUCAUAGCCAUAUGGGUGUAGUUGUGAGGAGCAAACAAGGCCUGAAAGAUAUGUCAGAUGCUACUUUCAAUUCGGCUACAUCUGCGGUGAAGGCGAGUGUGAUACGGAUACCCGAACAAUCAGGGAAAAAAGGGACAAAUCAUCAGUAUCAUAGAAAAGAACAAAAGGAAACGUUGAGAAACACAUCUGCUGUGCAUUCAACGAAAACUGGACCUCAUAAUCAUCCAGUAAUUGAUGCCUUGGAGCUAGGCAAAAGUAUGAUUCUGCAUCAUGAAGAUGCAGCCAUUCUGCAAGUUCCUGAUUUAGAUUCCUGUGCAGAUCCCAGUGAAGAAGUUAUUGGUAUCAUCACAAUGGAGGACGUAAUGGAGGAACUUCUGCAGGAGGAAAUAUAUGACGAGACUGAUGAUUAUGUUGAUGUUCAUAACAAUAUACAAAUCAAUAUGCUGCCUGUCAUAAGAUCAAGAACUCCUGAAGGCACACCAGUUUCUCAUCGGAGUUGGAGUUCUGUAGCAUCACCUCGUUCUUCUUAUCAUAAUACUCCUAUUCUGCAAUCACCUAUGCAAGCGUUUGUUCCAUCGCCCUUGAUAAGACCAUCUCCACUAAGCCCUCCUAUCAUAUCCAGACUAGCUUCUCCCUCUACAUACUUGGGUUCUCCCAUGCGUACUUCUCCAGCGAAGCAGGUAUCUAGGAAGUCAUAUGAGAAGCUGCGGCGUUGAUCUUCUUAUAUUCAAGAACAUGUUGUAUCAUGACUCAAUGCAUCAUUUUAUGUUAUACUGAGUUCCUAUGUACCAAAAAGCUUCUACUAUUGUUAUUUGUUUUUGCUGGGAAAUACACAUGUACCUAACAUUUCAGAUAUGAAUACUUGUCAUUAUGUCAAGAAAGAACUGAACAAUGUCACUACCAGACUAUGUUAUGUUGCAAUCUAGCUUGCAAAUAUAUAAUACCUCGUCUUUUUUAUA